AUGAACACUGUCUCGUGCUGUAGGGAACAAAGCCCCCCAGGGCUCUCCACCGUGGGCCGCAGGCGGGUGAUACCGGCGCUACUGUGCCAAUCCAGACAGAGCCUACUCGGCCCCCGGGAGUUCCAGGUGAAGAACUUGAGUGUGAUGGAAACACCAGAUAUAUUAAGUACUACUCAUCAAAAUGGAGACUUGUUUGCAGUUACUGACAGAGUGAAAAGCUGGAGAGAGAAAGAUAAUGCUGCCACGCUUCAGGUGUGGUCAGAGCAGACUGGAUUUCUAGUACAUUCCAUAAAGACGAAGGAAAAUGGAGCUCAUAUUCCUAAGGCCUGUGUAAACAAGAAUAAGGAAGAUAAAGUUCCUGAAACCUACCGCUUCCAUGCCAUUGUAGUGGCACAGCAUUGUAAUAACACAGGACCUCACCUGGACCACACCAGCAAAGCAGGCUGGGUGACUGCAGGCCUACUGACUGGAGCCGGAGCCUGCGAUUGCACCUAUAGUCUGACCUGGGGAGGAACACAAAGCAAGGAGAAAAUGGCGGAGGGUGGCUCUGGGGGUGUGGAUGACGCUGGGGACGGUUCUGGAGCCAGGUAUAAUGAUUGGUCAGAUGAUGACGAUGACAGCAAUGAGAGCAAGACCGUAGUGUGGUACCCUCCUUGGGCCCGGAUUGGGACUGAGGCUGGGACCAGAGCUCGAGCCAGAGCAAGGGCCAGGGCUAACAGGGCUCGCCGAGCUGUCCAGAAACGGGCAUCCCCUAGUUCUAACGAUACCGUCCUGUCCCCUCAGGAGCUCCAGAAAGUGAUUUGUUUGGUUGAGGUGUCUGAAAAGCCUUAUAUUCUUGAGGCAGCUUUAAUUGCUCUGGGUAACAAUGCUGCCUAUGAGUUUAACAGAGAUAUUAUUCGUGAUCUUGGUGGUCUCCCAGUUGUUGCAAAGAUUCUCAACACUCGGGAUCCCAUUGUUAAGGAAAAGGCUUUAAUUGUCCUAAAUAACUUGAGUGUAAAUACAGAGAAUCAGCGCAGGCUUAAGAUCUACAUGAAUCAAGUGUGUGAUGACACAAUCACAUCUCGCUUGAACUCCUCUGUGCAGUUGGCUGGACUCAGAUUGCUCACAAAUAUGACGGUUACUAACGAGUAUCAGCACAUGCUUGCUAAUUCCAUUUCCGACUUUUUUCGCUUGUUUUCCGCAGGAAAUGAAGAAACUAAACUUCAGAUUUUGAAACUUCUUUUGAAUUUGGCUGAAAAUCCAGCCAUGCCUAGAGAACUGCUCAGGGCCCAAGUACCAUCUUCACUGGGUUCCCUCUUUGAUAAGAAAGAGAACGAAGAGCUUAUUCUUAAACUUCUGAUCAUUUUUGAGCACAUAAAUGACAAUUUUAAGUGGGAAGAAAACGAACCUAUUGAGACCCAGUUUGGUGAAGGUUCACUCUUUUUCUUUUUGAAAGAAUUUCAAGCGUGUGCAGAUAAAGUUCUGGGGCUAGAAAGUCGCCAUGACUUUUUGGUGAAAGCAAAAAUUGAAGAAUUCAUGGCCAAACUGGCUGAGCAUAUGUUCCCAAAGAGUCAGGAAUAACUUGUUGACUUUGUAGUUUAGGAGUAACACACAUUGUAAACUUCUCCUUUUCUCCACCUUGUUUAUAUGGCAAAGGAGUUCUUUCAGCUGCCAGCUUUGACUAAUGAAUACCGUUUUGUAUCAUCAUUGCUGAUAUUUAACCAAGGUGGUGUUUAGGUUUUAGCUGGGUGAAUGAAUAUCACUACUUGUUCUGAAAACAUAUUUGUUGCUUUUUAUCUCAUUGCCUAGAUUGACAAAUUUUUAUUAUUUCCUCUGCAUAAGUGAUAGUGAACCAACUCCUUAUAAAUAAGCUUUUAUCUGUUCUUUGCAGUGAUUUAAUUUGUGUAUCAUUAAUAGACUUGUGUGUUAAUGCCAAAA